AUCAAGUUUGAUGAAAAUACCAUUAGUGUUGAGUUGAAAAUUGUAUUUUCGUUUUAUAAUUCAUGAAAAAUAUAUUUGGAGAUUUUGGAAAGGCUUCGUCACAACACAUAGAAAACGAAUAAAAAUUGGGAAUCGUAAAAUGCGUAAAGGCAUUCACGUUGCAUCCACUUAAAAUGGCAUCAAGCGAAAACAAUAGCGAUGAAGGGGGAAGUUAUGAUCAUAUGAUUCAGGUUGACCAAUUUAAAUAUCUCAAAGAUAAGUAUAGAGACGUGGUAGCACAGCUAAAGACAAUUUCCAACGAAAAGCAAAGACUGGAACGUGAUUUUCAAUUGCUGAAAAAGGAAUUAGAGAGUGGAAAGGGCGAAUUUUUCAAUACCUAUCAUGAAUACAAUAUUUUAAAGCAGAAGUAUGAUAACCUUCGUUUGCGUUACGAUGAAUUUGUUAACGAUCCAACACACUGCAUAAAGUUGUGUGAAGAGUUAAAAAAAGAGCGAAACAAAUAUAAAGAGCUGUUGAAAGCAACAGAACUAGAAGUAGAAACGGUUUUAUCUGAAAGAGGAACAGUUCUUAAAGAAAACCAGAAACUUUACGAUAAAAAUGAAAGUUUAGAACGCGAGCUUCAAUCAGCUUUGCGUUGUCGGGAUGAAUCAAUAAAAGAGUGCGUUUCAUUACAAGAAAAAAUAGAAACGAUAAAAAGCAGAGAUUUUCACCAACUUGCUUCUGAAACAAGUUGGAACCGUGAACGUACUGAGAGUAAAGAUAAAUUUGACAUGGUUUCGGAAAAUUUAGACUCUGCCAACCGAGAAAUUGAAAGGCUAAAGAAGGCACUAGAUAAAGCGAAAGCUGAAAUAACAAAAUCGGUUCAAGAGACCGAAAUCGCUAAAGGACGCAGAGAUUGGGCAAUAUCUGAACGUGAAAAAAUAGUUCAAGAACGAGACAGUGUGCGCAACCUGUGUGAUGAAAUAAGAAAGGAAAGAGAUACGGCAACAUCUAAACUUUUAGCAGCUAUUCGAGAUAAAGAUGAAGCGUUUAAGGAAAUUGAGCAGCUCACAGAACGUUUAGAAGCUCAAAGUGUUUUGAAGGAUAAUAUGAACAAUAAUGUAAACUCUGGCGAUCUUUCUAAUAACUCAGUAGAGAGCAGUUUUAGAAGUUCACAUUAUAGCGCUUUCAGUAUGGAGUCAAUAUAUGAUAUGGAUGCUUUACAACAGUUUCGAUUAGCCGUUGUUGAAAUAGACACAACAUUAUUACAAAAUAAUGUUUCCGAAUGGGGCCUGGAGAUAAGUGACGAUUUGGAAGAUUACACGGAAAAUAACACGUCGUCACAUAAUAUUGGACCCUACGUGUUAACAGUGGAGCACGAUUCAAUGUUUGCUGGCCACCUGGUACCAAAUGAUAUAAUCUGUCAAAUAAAUAACAUUGAUUGCACAACAUUUUCUAAACGAAAGAUUUACAAAGCAAUCAAAAGUAGUCUUCCAAUAUGUACAUUAACCAUUCGGCGACCAGAGAAACGGCUAUUACCUGUGCAAAUAAGUUUUCUUAAUGGGAACAAAAAUCAUGGAUUGCACUUGGAAAUGGGAAUUUACAUUUCAAAAAUUGAUAACGGAUCCUUAGGUGCGAAGGAUGGAAGAUUGAAACAUGGAGACCGAAUAAUUUCUAUAAAUGGGAAACCUACAACUCAUGUAAAAAAUUUAAGUGAAACAAACACUAUAAUCAACGAUAUGAGAAACAACUGUCUAAGUCUUGUCUUAGUAAAAGAUCUACUUGACUUCAGUCAUGGCUUGCGAUAUCUAGAUUCUAGAGUAAAGCAUUUACACAGCACGAAUAGUUGUACACAAACUGACAAUAUUUUAAGCAACUUUGAUGCUGUUCAGCGAGAUAACAUCAACCGAUUGAGUCUGGAUCUCGACAGCAAUACACAUUUUCUUCCAUCAGCAAUGCCGUUCAGUAUAACAACCUCAAGCACGCCAAACUCAAUCGUUGCAAGUACUCCAUCGUCAUCAAAAUCAACAAACUCCAAGUUUACUGGAAUAUUUCAAAAAAUUAAGCAAAGCAUUAGCAACCACAAAGACUGCCAGGAAAAUGAUGCGAUCGCAGCACUUGAUUCAGUACUCGACAGUGAUGAUCAAGAAUUACCUAGCGUAUCUGUGUAUUCUAAAACACGCGAUAAAAAAUCAAAAAGAAAAACAAAAGAUACCCAAGAAGUACCACGAGGGACAUGGCCACGAGUGACGAUGACAGUGCAUACUGGAGAUAGCCAUGUUGGAACAAUUGUUCAUCGUCCUAAAAAAGAACGCCCAAAAUUAAGUAUCCCGGUUGAUAAUAGUGAAAGCACAAGCUAUUUUAAAAGUCCUUCUCCAAUUGAUACCAAAACAGCCUCCUUGCAAGCUGGAACAAUCAGUCAAGGUAUGAACAUGCCGGCAUUCACGACCAACAACAAACGAAAUUCAAACCCAGUAGUGCAGAAAGAUGUUAAUCGUGUUUUACAAUCUACAAAACAUAAUUAUGAGUACAGUGUUCCCAAAUCAAAUUUGUUUUCUACGAUGGAUAAUAAAGGUUCGCAAUCGAGAACUUCUACGUUCGAUACUCGCGCUAAUAGCAAUUUAGUUAAUUUAAACCGUCACAGCUUGAAUUUGUCUUCGCUCAACAGACAACAACUUCAGCCGCAGCUUACACAACAGCAAAAUUCUAUAGACUUUUUAUCAUUGAAAAGCAACAAUUCAAUUGAUUCCUGCAAAAGCCCGGUGGGGUAUUUUCCAGCAAAAGCAUCAAAUAAAGAUCGUAGUGACAGCUAUGUACCAUCCAAAAUAAAACAUCAAUCAAAAUAUUGCAGUGAUAAUGAAAGCAUUGAUAUUGACAACGCAUCAAUAACGAUUAUGAACAAUAUGAAUACACUGCCCCAUUCCCACACGAGAAAGCAGUCGAUCGGUAAUGCAAGUAAUUCAUCAUCAACAAACCGAGCGACUGUAACCUCUGGCACUGGAACUUUGAGCUAUCCAUUGAGUUUUACAUCUUCUGCGUUUCCUGGAAUUUCAAUGAUCCAACAGAGCUCUGGUACGAUGAGGCCAUCGAGUAACAUUUUACCUUCAGGAGAGUUUCUGAGUGUCCAGCAGGCUGCACAUCAUUCACAUGGAUCAUCUAUUGAUUACUCGUUCAAUCGAUACAGUCAGAUUCAGUCUUCUAAAGAGGAGGUUCCAUCCGGUUUCAUAGGGCACAGCUAUGAGGGAGGUACUUUUCCUCGUAAUAAAGUUCAUCAAGGGUAUCGUAUACCAUCUAAUCAAAGUGUUACGAGCCGAGGAAGUGGAAUAAAAAUCAGCAAUGGUUCGAUUGAUUACUGUAGCUCUGAAAGAGCGUCCCCAAUCCCAACUUUUCGAGUACAAGUGUUGGAACCUGGAAUGGUAUCGGCGACAAACAAACGAAAUUCAUUGCAAGACUAUAACAUGCGAACCAAACCAAAUAUCGGCGAGCUCCGAUACGUUCAUAUUGACAAAAGUGAAUCAGCAAUGUCUCUUGGCAUUAAAAUAUUUUGCAGAGGAAAUGGUGGUGGAGUUUUCGUUUCUAAUGUUGGUGAAAAUAGUCUUGCAAGUAAAGUCGGCCUACACAUUGGUGACCAACUGCUUGAAGUUUGUGGAAUCAAUUUAAGGAAGGCAACCUACGAGCUGGCAGCGCACGUGUUACGGCAAUGUGGAAACUCGAUUACAAUGCUCGUAUUGUACAAUCCAGAAGUUUACAAUAAUCUAACUACCAGUGAGGACAAUAUAGGCCAUUCGAAUUCUCCAACACCGCAAAAUUCUCCACGAGCAAUGGGAAGGUCAAUCAUUUCAGCCGUCAAUACAACAACUGUGAAUGCAAUUUCGACUAUUGUUCCAAGUGUGCUUUCCAGUAACGAUGGCCAACAAUCUCAACUAGCAAACACUUCCCAGGGUGUUCAUUAUAAAGAACAACCCCGACUUAUCAUCAUGGAGACAAGAAAAAGCUCUAAUCUGGGGAUCAGUUUGGUCGGAGGAAACGCUCAUGGAAUAUUUGUACAUGGAGUUCAAAAAGAUUCGUUAGCUGACAAUGCAGGCCUAAGAAUAGGAGAUCAAAUCUUAGAAUUUAAUGGUGCAGAUCUGACAAGAUCGACCGCUGAACACGCUGCAUUAGAGAUAGCGAAACCUGCUGACAAUGUUGCUGUAUUGGUUUUGUACAACAUUCAAAAAUUCAAUCAAAUCAAAGAUAAACCAGGUGAUGCAUUAUACAUACGAGUUGGAUUUGACAGAAAUUGUGAUCUUGGAGAUUCGGAAUUAUCAUUCAACAAGGAGGAGGUACUGUAUGUGGACAAUACAAUGUUUGGCGGUGUUCCGGGAAGGUGGCGUGCUUGGAAACUGGACGAAUACGGGCAUAAAUUGCAGUGUGGAAUAAUUCCCAAUAAGCUCAAAGUCGAAGAAGAAUUGAGAAUGCUGGGUGAUUUACAAGAUGUUGAGACUACAGCACGUAGGGGAUCCACAUCUGCCAGGCGGUCAUUUUUCAAGAGAAUAAAACCUCAACGCAGCUCGUCUCGUGAUUCAAAAGAGCUGGCUAGCUUCAGCAAUACGCAUCUCAGCUUGUACAUUGACGCGGUUUCUUUGAACGAUGUUGGACUAUGCAGCUACCAGCGAGUUGAAAGAUUGGAAUAUAAGUUUCGGCCCGUAUUGGUGCUUGGACCUUUAUCGGAAUGUGUUAUCGAAAAGUUGUGUAUCGAUUUCCCGGAACAAUUUCAUCGCUGUCAGCCAAGUCAAAUGCGAUGUACGAAAGAAGACAUGGAAAAUGGCGUUCAAAAUAAUGCAAUUGCAGAUUACAGACGACGUGGUAGCUUAUUUGAAUACACAACUAUUCAGUCAAUCCUUGACAAUAAGCAACAUCACUGCAUAUUGGACGUUUGUAUAUCAGCGGUUGAAAGGCUUCAACGUAAUCAAAUAUACCCAAUUGUUUUGUUACUUCGUUUCAAGUCUUCCAAGCAAAUCAAAGAGAUAAAAGACUCACGUUAUUCCUCUGAUAAAAUCUCAGCUAAAGCGGCAAAAGAAAUGUAUGAGCAUGCAUUGAAAUUGGAAUCAGACUACCGACAAUUCAUAUCAGUUGUUAUUUCCGGAGUAAAUAUUGCUCACAUGUGUACUCAAAUAAAGGCUGCCGUUGAUAGUGAGCAGAAAAAAAUACUGUGGGUUCCGGUGUCAACAAAUCUCUAAAAGAUGGUUUCUACGAACGUUGGCAAACGGAGACUUUUAUUUAAUACAGUGGCAAUCGAGUUAUGAACUUAUAAGUUGGUGUAGUUUAUUAAUGAUUUAUUCAUAUUCUGUGGUUUAGUUGAAAAUAUAUAUAUAUACAUGCAUAUUGCGA